CACUCGCACUCUUCCAACCUUUUUGGCAUCCAUCCAUAUACGACAUGUCCCCCAUGAGGCACCAAGAAAGUCACUCCGGAAACUUCCUGCGCUAGCUUUCUCAAGGUCUUUGCAUGGGCAGUGCUAACCCUUUUCUUCAUCUGCGGUUGUUUACUACACACCACCGUCCUCUCUCAUCAAAACUUCCUUUGGCUACUCCUAUCACCACCAUUAUCAUUCUUUACACCAAUUCUUCACCACCCAACCCACCAUUACAGCCUCAUAACUGCCAUUUUCAUCGCAAGACUUGUUCAUUAAUUUCGCUUUAACAACUCCCUAAUUCAUCACCUAUUCUUCGUUUGUACUACAUUUUUACAACUCUUUUGUUCAACCAUUCAUUGACGAAAUAAAAAAAAAAAAACGUCAAAAAGUGACCAAUCAACUUAAUGGGUGCCUCCUCCACCGUGAUUCUGAGCCUUUUCGUGCUCUGCGUCUGUAAGAGCAAAGGAGUCUCAGGGGCCACAAUUACUUUUGUGAACAAGUGUGAGCAAACGGUAUGGCCCGGAAUUUUAGGGAAUCCAGGACUGGGCAGCACGGGAUUCGAGCUCCAAAAGGCUGCAUCACGCUCACUCCAGGCUCCAACAGGCUGGUCGGGUCGAUUCUGGGGCAGGACCGGGUGCACGUUUGACGGGUCGGGUCAAGGGUCGUGCGCCACGGGAGACUGCGGGUCGGGCAAAAUUGAAUGCGACGGCGCCGGAGCGAGCACCCCAGCAACCCUGGCGGAGUUCACGCUUGGGUCGGGGACUCAGGACUUCUAUGACGUCAGCCUAGUAGACGGGUACAAUUUGCCCAUGCUCGUCGAAGGGAGUGGCGGGUCGGGCUCCUGUGCCUCCACGGGUUGCACCGAAGACUUGAACUCGAAGUGCCCGAAUGAGCUUAAAAUUGAAGGUGGCGGCGCGUGCCGGAGCGCUUGCGACGCUUUUGGGACCCCGGAGUACUGCUGCAAGGGCCAGUACGCUUCGCCUUCCACGUGUUCCCCGUCGGUGUACUCGCAGAUAUUCAAGUCGGCGUGCCCGAAAUCGUAUAGCUACGCUUACGAUGAUUCCACCAGCACAUUCACGUGCACCGGCGCCGAUUACACCGUCACGUUUUGCCCCACUUCCCCUUCAAGCCAGAAAGCUUCGAAGCCAGAGGGGAGUGCAGCGGACGGAUCUGGAUCCGGGUCAGCAUCAGGGUCGGGUUCGGGUUCAGGUCCAGUGCAGGAGUCCAUGCUGGCAGAUGGGUCAUGGCUAGCAAAUUUGGCCACUGGGGAUUCAAUCAGAAGGCACCACCCUUUCGGGGCUGCCCAGUUGUGGGCACUAGCGUUGACGGUCGUGUCAUCAAUAGCAUCGUGGAGGCAAUUAUAGAAUUUUAUUUAUGAUUUAGUGUCCCAAAUUCAUUUCACCGAAGGCAAAAAGUAUACCACAGUACUUAGUACAGAGGACAUUAUAAAGUAAUCAGUUGUGUCCACAAAUCUCGCAAAAAAGGGCCAGAGGCUCUGGUCAUUCUAGGACAAUCGAUUGUAAGCCAAGCAUUUCCACUCGUAUCAAAGGAUGUUAUUAGUUGAUAAGCAAUUUUGUUUUUA